UUUAAAAUUUUAAAAGAAAGACUUGAGAAAAUGGAGAAAACUAUAUCGGAUCACUCCAGAAAAUUCAAAACUGUAAAUCAGGAAUUGAAAGAUCUGGAGAACUUUAAAGAAACAAAUUGCAGACAAACAGAACAGAAUGAUUGGAUAAUGCAGGAACUCAACUCUGCUAGCGAAUUUAUGACACAGAUCCAGUCUGAGAAUGAACUGCUGACUGAGUGAAUCACCAGCCAUGAACACAGUGUGUCCAAGUUGAAUGGUGUGUCAGAGAGUUGGCAGCUUGAGCAGAAACGUCUAGAAGAACAAAUUGAACAGCUCCAGAAGACAAUACAGACCAACGAAAAGUCAAGCAAUCUCACCCUAAAUUCUUCAAAUAAAAAGCUUGUUGUUUUACAAGACAGUUUAACAACUUUAGCCAUAAAGGUUGGUGAUGUCUCCUCGGAAAUGCAAACAUUACGUAACAAGGUGGAAGAGAUCGAAAAUAUCACAGCACCUAAAGCUCACCAGUUCAAAGACAGAAAUCUGGCAUGGGAAAAUAAGACAGCUACGGACAAACCUUUAGAUCUUUGCCAUUUGCAGGAUGUUUUGAGUGAAGUUGUCUUGGUGCUGGAAAAUACUAAAGAUUAUCCAUCCAUGCAUGUUAUCUUUAGUGCACAUGUGGACGUGAAAACAGAUGAGUGGAAUUUGGAGGAACACAGGAUAGUAGACUGUUUCACAGCUGUGGCGUACAAUUCGGGCGGCUAUGAGCCCAAAACAGGAAUAUUCACAGCGUCCUGCAAUGGCAUUUAUAAAUGCCGUGUGUCCGUUAGCACCAGCACUGGCCAGCAUAUCCAGUUAGGUCUUUUCAAAACUGAUUCGCAGAAAUAUCAUGAGAAGAAUCGAUAUCAAAGAGGACUAUCAGGAUUCAGCCGCCGAGGAAGAGGCCAUGAUGUACGUACACAUGUCCUAAACGCUGUGUUUGACAAGGGUUUUAUUUAUAGAGAGAAUGACGACAUUUUGGUAGCUACAUCUUUGGACCAGGUGGAGAUAAGCAAUAGAACGAGUCGUAUUUUGUGUUAUGUGCAACUAAAUCGAGGAGACACAUUGUAUGUCAAAUCUUUAACUAAUUGUCAAAACCUUAGAUUACAUUCUUAUUCCCAAUUCACUUGUUCUCUACUUACUCAAGAUUUAAGCAACUAAAUAUGGUUUGAAGUUGUUUAAAAUAAGGUUUAAUUUCUAUAAGAAGUAGAAUAUAAAAAUACUUUUAAAACAAGCAAAAUAUAACCAAUCUUAAAAAAGACAAACAAACAAACAAACAAAGCUUAUCUAAGAGAAAGAACGCCGUCCUUAUUACUAUAUCUAUCAAUAAUGUGCAUUUUAUUUCCCUUAUUUGGUAUUAAACAAAAUGUUUAAUUACCAACAAUAAAUUGACUAAUUCAGUAUUUUUGCAUAUCGAUUCAUAUUUUUUGUUGAGUAUUAUAAAUAUUUGUUUAAAGUAUCAGCUUGAUCGGAGAAUGUGUGAGGGAGAAAUAGCGUUAACAAUUAUUUAAGGGGACUAAACCCGACAAAUUUAGCCAUAUAUGUGGAAUACUGAGCGAUUAGUUUCCCUUGUGGGUGUCAAAUAAAAUAAUUAAAGAUCAGUUAUUAGUUGUCUUUUUGUUUCCUUUUUUUUUAUUAAUUCAUGUCUUGUCUAUGCCAUUGAAUAAUAGUGCGAAGUUUCAACUUUACCCAAGAAUGGGGGUGGCAGAAAAAUAACGAGUACACAUUUUUUACCAGACAGAAAGACAGAGUGAGUUCAUAUAAGCUUUUUAAAAAAACUUAUAAAAGGACAGAACUCCCCACUUACUGCUACAACUCUAAAAAUGUAGACGUUAUUGCCCUUUUUAAAAAUUAGUAUGACCAAUAGUUAGUUGACUAUUGGUUAUUUUUUUAAUUCAAUGAUGUCUAGUAAGGUACAAUAAAUAACUGUUUAAAGUUUAAAGAAAUAAUGCGUACAAUCAUCUAUAUGGUUAAAACCCCACAUAUUGAGCCUUAAUUGUGAAGAAUUAAUUUCCUUGUUGGUGUCAAACAAAAUUAAUUAAUUACUGGUAAUUAAUAUUAUUCUACAUUUUGUGGUGGAUCAUAAUUAAGUAUGAGUCCCUGGGCGAUAGUACUGUCUCUAGUACUGUCUCUACUGCCGUAGAUCCAGCUACUUGAACCACGUGAAAAUAAGUUCGUUUUGUAUCUUAUAUCUUAUUAUU